GAGUUCCGUGAGUGAAAUUAUAUUUUGUUCCUGCUAUCUAUCAUUGUGAGCCAUAUUUUAAUGCAGAAUACAUUAAAUUAGCACCCUAACUGUAAAUCGCCUAUUUUGACCUUGUCACAUAAUAUUAUUACAGCUUACCGGUUUUACACGUGACACAUGACUUAAAAAUAAACUGGUUACGUGAGCCACCUAGUCUUGCGCUGGUAUGUAGUAAAAAUUAAAAGUGGUGAGCACGGCCGGCUGCAUAGAACCACAUCUGCCAGUAAGGAAAGAACGACGAAUACUUAACACCAGCACAGGAGACAAGGAAACAUUGCAUAGACACCGAGGACCUCAGGGGGAGUGAGCUAUAGGGACAGGGAAAAGAGGAGAUACCGGCAGGAUGAGGGAAGGAGGAGGAGUAUCUGGAAUAAACAUCGGUAACAUGGCUCACGGAGUAAACGUCCUUGUCUUGGCUAUGGUUGCCAUGACCCGAGUCGAUGCAACAGGAGAAGCACUACAGAUGUUUAAGCGACCUGCUGGAGACCGCAACAUUAUCGACAUGACGUAUGACUUUGCCGUAAACGAGACGAUUUACUGGCCAACAGCUGACCCGUUUAAUAUGACGGUCGUAUUUAAGGGUAUCGUCCCAUCGAGCGGAGUUUACUAUGAGGUCAAUAAUUUCUGUGCGGCCGAGCACGGGGGGACGCAUAUCGACGCCCCUUCCCAUUUCUAUCGAGGCUCCUGGGUAGUUGAUCAUAUUCCCGUUGAUGGAGUGAUCGGUGAUGCCGUCGUUGUAGACGUCACCGCCAAGGUCUCUGGACAUGAAGAUUACCAAGCGACAGAACUUGAUCUGCGUGUGUGGGAGGAGAAACAUGGUAGGAUACCGGACGGAAGUAUUCUAUUCUUGUACACGGGUUGGGGACGGCACUGGCCGAAUAAGGAGAGGUAUCUCGGCACGAACACAAAGGAUGCGAGCAUACUUCAUUUUCCUGGUCUUCAUCCUGACGCGGCGAAGUGGCUAGUCGAAAAUCGCAAGAUCAAAGCCUUCGGGAUUGAUACAGCUUCUCUGGAUUAUGGCCAGUCCAAAACGUUCAAAACUCAUACAAUUCUGUUCGAGAAGAAUAUUGUAGGGAUAGAGAACGUAGCGAACCUAGACCAACUUCCUCCAACAGGAGCGAUGGUAAUCGGUCUCCCCAUGAAGAUUCGCGGGGGUUCUGGCGCCCCGCUCCGUAUCAUUGGUCUGUUUUGUGGAACUAUUCCAGAGAACGGUGCUAACUACCAGACCAAUAUAACUACUGUGCGGCUGAGCACGGGGGAACCCAUAUCGACCCCUCUACACUUUUAUCGCGGCGCCUGGGCAGUCCAUUGUGGCUGCGGCGGCGGUGCAGGUGGCGGCGGCGGCGCUGGCGUCGUCGGCGGAGCCGCGAACCCGGUUCCCAGCUGCGGCUCUCAGGACCUAUGCAAGGGUGACGGCUGCUGCCUGCUGUGUGUGAGGCGGAGCAUCAGCGAUAGCGGACUCUCCCUGCCCUGGAACUACGCUUCACCCCUCAUGUACCUCAAGCGACGGAAUCUACGUGUGUGGGAGGAAAAACAUGGUAGGAUACCGGUCGGAAGCAUUCUAUUCUUGUUCACGGGAUGGGGACGCUUCGAGAAGAAUAUUGUAGGGAUAGAAAACGUAGCGAACCUAGACCAACUUCCUUCAACAGGAGCGAUGGUAAUUAGCGGUCUCCCCCUGAAGAUUCGCAGGGGCCGCUCCGUAUCAUUGGUCUGUUGCCACAGUUCUGAGAUUCUGAAGCACGUUACCGAUUAG